AUGGCAGUAAGAUCCCAUCUCUACCGGUGCCACAGGGACGUCCUGCUUGACACUGGAAGCAACCUAAGCACCAAAACGAGGGAUGGAGACGCUCAAGACCUCGGAGACAACGGCGCUAACGCCGACGCUGAAGCAACUGCGGAGCCAGAAGAAGCGUCCUCCGAAGAAAAAGACUUCGUGGAUUUCUUGGCAGAAGCCAGAACAGCGAUCUGGAACUUCUUCUUUAACAUCACUGAGAACCACAAGCUGGCUCACACAGUGGCAGAGAAAGUCUUCAGCGACCUGCAAAUCGUCUUUGAGCAUGUCAUGAGGGGCUUCGCUGAUGAGAUCGCAGCCAAGGUUGAUCUGUCAGCCCUGCCUCCUGAUGUGCUCUCACUUCUCAGGUGUUCAUUCGUGCCAGAGCUUUUCGAAGGCAUUCAAAGCAAGCAUCUCCGUGAACAAUAUGUCAAGGCACAUACUCCAUAUGUUGAGCCUAGGACAUGUGAUCUUGGCUCCGAAGGGGACAGACUUAUGAGUCUUAUCCCAGAUGGGGCCCAGUACACAAUUUUCAUUUUGUUGUACAGUGAUGAAGUGGAGAUUUGUAAUCCCCUGGGACCGAAGCGUGGCAUGCACAAGCUACUUGCUGUGUACUUCACGUUGCUGAACCUACAUCCAAGACACAGGUCGCAGCUACGGUUCAUAUACCUAGUGCUCCUGGUGAAGUACGACGACGUACAGAAGUAUGGUUUGGACAACGUCCUGAGCCCCUUGAUCAGUGACCUCAAUGAACUGCAAGCAUACGGACUUAAGUUCAUGAGCAAAGAAGCAGCACAAAAUGCACUGGUCUUUGUAUUCUGUGUAUGUGGUGACAACUUGUCUAUGAAUCGCCUUGGGGGCUUCUCAUGUUGCUUUAGUCGGGGCAGGGUGUGCCGGUUUUGUAUGGCAUUAUCUGAAACAUUGUCAGUGAUAACAACAGAGGAUUUCUGUACCCUGCGGUCGGCUCAGGCACACGAGCAACAUCUGAAAGCUGUGGCUGUGAACCCAAAGUUAAAUAGAAAACUGUAUGGUGUGAACGACCGCUCCCCAAUGCUGGAGCUGCCAUACUUUGACGUGACGCGACAGUUACCCCCCGACCUCAUGCACGACAUUCUAGAAGGAGGCUUCGAGUCCGUUCUUCGCCCAAUACUGAAGGCGUUAGUUGAGGGAGGGGUGCUGUCGUACAGCGACAUGGACCGCAUCGCUUCCUUUGCAUAUGGGUGGAACGACAAGAAAAACAAACCCAUCGCAAUGAACAGAAGCUUUCUAACAAGCAAAGCAAACUUGAAGGAAAUUGCAUCAGAGAAGUGGUGCCUUCUGCGACUCCUGGGUUUGAUUCUUGCCGAGCUGAUUCCAGAAGGUGACGCGGACUGGGAAUUGUUCCUCCAGUUUCGGGAAAUUGUUGACAUCAGCUUUGCUUCUGUCGUGCCCAGCGGGUACCUUCCUUGCUUGGAGACAACUGUGCAAGCGUUUCUUGUGGAGUUUGCGCAGCGGUAUGGAAGCACAGCCAUCAUUCCCAAGCUUCAUUACCUCAUUCAUUAUGCCAGAAUGAUUCGUGAGGUUGGACCACUACAGCAGUUUUGGUCUAUGAGGUUUGAAGCCAAACAUCAAUAUUUUAAAACCCUCGCCUCACGGAUCAAGAACUUCCGAAACAUAACUCUGACCUUGUCCAAACGACAUCAGCUAAUGCAAAGUCACCAGCUCAAGGAGCUGUCAUUAGAUGCUCAGCUCAUGGCCCCAUCUGGCAAGCCUGUUGACCAGAGUGCUCUGCCACCUUCUGUUCAAGACGUGCUGCCACUGAAUGCACGCCAGGUGUCGCAUGCAGCAAUCGACCACCGCGAGUACCGGUGCGGUGAUAUCCUUGUGAAGGCUGCACAGGACGUUGAACCAGAGUUCUGUGGAGUUCAAGCCCUGUAUGUUGCAUCAGGCAAACUGUUCAUUUUGGUUGAGUUGUUAACCAAUGAAGGCUUCGACAGGCACAAGUUUUGCCACCGUGUGGGCAAGUCAGGGCACCUAAAACUUGUGGACGCUGAUGAUGAUCAGACGCUCCACUGUGCUCUAGAUCUGUAUAAUGGUAGUGAGGUUGUUGUCAAAUGGGAAGUGCUUUAA